AUGACUCUUGACAUGUGGCCCUUAAAAUUCUCUACCUUUGUUUUUUGUGGAAAUAGCAGAAAUGGCCCAAAAUGGAAACGUGAAGUUGUUCAGGAUCACAAAUUUGAAUAUGUUGAUCUUGACGAAUUUUAUGACUCUUCUUGCACCACACGAAUCGGAUAUUCUUUUAUUUAUCUUGUUGUUUUAAAAUCCCUCCUUGUAUAUAUUGCUGAUUUGUGGACAGCAGUGUCUCUAUUGGUGAUUGAUCACAGAAACGCUGAAGACUCUGCCAUUCCUUACAGUAUCUCAAAGUGGAUUUUCUUGGGUGCAAUCUUUAUCUCUUUUGCACUCUUGUUCUGGGAUUUCCGUAAAUCCCGGAGAAUCAUCGCUACUCGAAAUAUCUCUUAUACUUUCACAUCUGUAAUGGCCAGUCGAUACUAUUCCAUGAAAGAUUAUCGUUACUACUGCCUUUUCUGCGAGAUUAACAAAUCACAAAAGACGACCGACACAAUUGCAUUCUUUGUGUUUUUUACACUUAAAGGUUGGAAAAAGCUACUUUUGGCAGAGGCACCUAGGCAGGUGAUUAACGUUGUUACCUUGAUAAAGAUCCUUCCUGCUUGGAUUAAACUCGAUCACAACCAAUUGCAACUGAACAACGAAGUGCUUGGAAAGGAUAUUGUCCAACAGCUAAUGACAUGUACCAUGUUGUUCUCUACUGCAGUAUUUGCCGUAUCGUUUGUCUUGGUCUGUAUAGCUGCUCUGAUGUAUAUUCCUUUACUUUGUCAUAUGCAAGGAAAUCUUAAAGAAUAUUGCUGUCACAAGGUGGAUAAGCGUAUUUCAGAGCUCUUGAAAAACCAGGCUCGUAGAAGAAUUGCAGCCCAUCAGAAAACGGGUGGGAAAUCCAGUAAUAAAAAACACAAAAAUGACAAGAACAAUGACAGGAUUGAGAUGAAUACCUUCCCUCAGCCCACCUUGCCAAACUUGAACAUGGACGGGAUGGAUUACAGACAAUCGCCACGGACACAGCCCCGCGAAAGAGCUCUAGGUGGAGAUGACUCGAUGAAGUAUCUAGUGAGUCCGUUUGGUCGAAGGAACAGCGAUUGCUCCACAUCCAGCGAUCGGGUCGGAUUGACAAGUAACGCUCAGCCCCAGCCAUGGGCAGGGCAGAACAACAUUGUAUACCACCACCAACAUGGCAGCAGUCCAAACAUUUACCAGGAUACUGGCUCGGUUGGAUACCCUCAGUCAGACUACGGUCAGCCUUUACCUAGCCCACAUAUACACACUCCAAGCCCCCGAUCGCAGGCUUACCAAGAUCAACAAUAUUUCCCGCAACAGAAUAUGUACUACCAAGAUUACAACCAACCUUCUUUGAAUAUUCGAAACAAUUAUUAA